AUGAGUCAUGAACAAGAUGGAAAAAGAUCAAAUGAAGAAGUAGAAAAUUUGGUGUGCAUACAGUUGCAGUCAGGGCAACGAUGGAAAGGAUGCUACAAAAUCAAACAACAAAGUUGCUUUCGAAUUACGCCCGAGGGAGUCUACUUUAGGAACAAAAAGCAAAUCAUUCAACGAGAGGCUCUAGAACCACUUCCGCUCAAAGUACCAGGCUCGCGGCCUGUACGAGAAGAUCCAAAGCACAAGGAUUACGCCAGUAGGCUCCAAGAUGAGAUGGAGAAAGUUGACGCCUUCAAACGAGGGCUAGAUAUGUGCUUGAUUCUCCUUCGCAAUGGUGCUGAGGAUGUGAAUAAUGAUAUGACUGUCGUCGAAUAUGUUGAGGACAUGUACAAGUUCUACAAAUCAGCUGAGAAUGAGGGUCUGACUCACAACUACAUAGACCCGCAAUCCGCGAUAAACGAGAAAAUUCAUCGGAUCAUGAUCAAUUGGUAUAAUGCAGCGUCAUGUGUGCCACAAUCACUACAACUACAGGUAGGAAGCUUGAGUUUAACUACUUGCAGAGGAAACUUGCGUGUGAAGGAAUUUGACUUGAAGAGCAUGUGGAAGUCUCAAGGCACUGUCUUAGAGAACAAUUCUGUGCAAAAAUGUGCAUCCCAGGAUGGGUUGGGCCACUUUGCAACCGAAACUGCUAUCAAAGAUCGACACCAAGCAAUUGAUAAAGUUAUCGGGAUCGAUGCAGAGCAAUUGUUUGGUUGUGUGGACAUAUUUUAA